AUGACGUCCAAGACGGGCAACCUCCUCUCGCUGGGGACGCUGGGCAUGUGGGGCUUCUCCCCGGCCUUUGACCUCCAGGAAGGCGUGUCGACUCCAGCGGCCAAUGACCAAGCUACUGGUGAUGACGAAGACAUGACGCCGCUCACCAUCUUGGUCGUCAACCCGGGCGACAUUCGCCAUGUGCUCACAACCAUCUCGCGCUCUCGCCGGUGGCAGAAGCGGCCGCUGCACAUCUACUUGUUUGAAAAGGCCAACGAGUCGCUCGCGCGUGCGCUCCUGCUGCUCCAGAUCGUCCACGAGUGGGAGCUGCCGCUCCGCCAGCGCUGCAACACAUUCUUGGAGAUCUUUGGCAAUGCGCUGCUGCAGGAGCGCACGUCCGAGUAUAUCGAGGAAAAGGCGAAGGAGCUUGUCGAGCUCGUCUGCAACGAACACGGCCGGCUCGCUGACUUGGUCGAUGUCUCGCACUUGAAGAUGAAGGACCGCGACGCGCUAGUCGAGACGUUCCAGUCGUGGCACACGUCCGUCCCCUUUGACAUUGUCAAGCUCCGCGACCAUCGGCUCCGUCACUUCUACGAGAACCGCUACGAUUACCGCACCAACCUCUUUGAUUGGGACUAUACGAUGUCACUCAAGAAGAUCGACCAAGCGUCCGUGGUCCACGCCCGACAGUUCAAAGAGUGGCGCAACUCGGGCAUCGCAUUCGAGUUUGGCGACCAGACGUACACGAGUCCGAACCGGUCCAUGGCCUCUUACACUGAGGCUACCAAGCGCGGACAUGGCUCGGUGCUCUGCCGCGGCUUUUGGCUCGACAUCAUCGUCGGGCCCUACGUCUCUUUUGGUGUCGACUGCUUUCGUUCCAACAAGUUUGCGGACGGUCUCUUUGAGAUCCACAACAAAGGCUCGGGCUGUGAACAGAACCGCCACAACACGGCCGAGGUCGCGGUCUUCAACGUCCUCUCGUGCCUCCACGAGAUCGAGACGGGCGACAUUUACAAGAUGGCCAAGGCCCAUGAUGUGUACAGCGGCAUUGGCGAAGACGACGUCAAGGUCGUAGAGCUCGACGAGAGCAACCAAACCUCCCACGACGACGACGAGAGAGAUGCUCGGAAGCGCGCCCGCAACAUUCUCGAGACCCUCGGCAACGCCAAGAUCACGCUGCUCACGGGCAACCUCGAUGAAGUCCUCAAGAAGAGUCGGUACCGCGGCUUGUUUGAUCAUGUGCAUCUCUCGGUCCAUGCGUCCCACUUGAUCACCAAGCCUGCACUGGGUGGUGACGCGCCGGCGUGGACGUCGAUCUUGAAGCCACGCGCCAAGGUGUCGGUCGAAUCGUCCGUAUUUCUGCUGCCGUUCAAGGACGACCAACGCCUCAAGUACAUGGAGAAGCUCGUCGAGUUUGCCGCGUCGUCGCACUUGACGCCGACAAGGACGUAUGCGUUCACGCCCAAGGACGUGUACGACCUGCGCAACGCUGUCUUGCACUUCGAGUACAUUGCGUAA